AUGCAAUAGAACAAGGUUUGGAGAAAGAUAGAUUAUGAUAUUAGAGAAAAGCCUAUACUAUAAUGUAAAUUUGAAAAGGUAGGCAAAAAAUCAAAAGAUCUCUAUAUUGGAUGUUUUAAUGAAUAUCUGAUAAAAUAUAAAGUAAGAGUUUUUUAAAGGAAUAUAGGAUCCAUUCUAUACAAUUGCUUAUAAAUUAUUUGAUUUAGAAUUCACCAGCAAAUUUGAAGUGAUAAGAACUCCUUCAAAAUUAAAAAAAGAGAAACAUCAUAGUAAAGUUAGAGGUGAAGAGAUCUUAGAAUUAGGAGAAAUAGUAGCUAUACGUUUGAUUGUUGAAAAUAUUGAUAAAUCAUAUGAAAUAUAGGGUAAAACAGAAUAAUUGCAUUAAUUGAGAAACUUCUUGGGUAAAAAAAUCAAUUAAAUUGGAUUUCAUAAUUUAUUUCGAGUUUAUAAAAAAAUAGGAAGAGGAAAUUUUGCAUCUGUUUAUUUAGCUGAACGAAUAGAAGAUAAUAUAAGAAUGGCAGUGAAAGCAUUUUCAAAAUAAAUUGUAUAUAAUGAAGAGAAAGGACGAGUAAAUUUACUGUUCUUCAUUUUAGGAAGGAUUAAUUAAUGAAAUAUAGAUAAUGAGAGAGUUAGAUCAUCCUAAUUUAAUGAAAUUAUAUGAAGUAUAUGAAACUAAGAAUUCUAUCUAUAUGGGUCUUGAAUUACUAGAAGGAGAUUAAUUAUUUGAGUAUUUGAAAAAGAAAAUCUCAUUUACAGAAAAAUAAGUUCAAAGUAUAAUGGUUGGUUUAUUAAUGGGUUUAAAACAUAUGCAUUCUAAAGGAAUUAUGCAUAGAGAUUUAAAAUUAGAGAAUAUUUUAUUUAAAUAAUAAGGGUAUUUAUUAAAAUAUAUUAAAAAAGAAAUUUUGAUUCUGUGGUUAUAGCUGAUUUUGGAUUAGCUACUCAUGUUAAUAAAAAACCAUAUUUAUAUUAAAAAUGUGGUACACCUGGAUUUGUUGCUCCUGAAAUUAUUAAUUUAAAAAAUAUCUAUUAACCUUAUGAUUCAAUAUGUGAUGUGUAUUCAAUGGGAAUUGUAUUUUAUAUUUUGUAUUUUAUUACAUUCAUAUUAUAAUUAGAUUAACUGGAAGACCUGCAUUUACUGGUAAAACUUAUAAUACAAUUGUUUAAUAAAAUAAGGAAGCGAAUGUUAAUUUCGAUUCUCCACAUUUUUAAAGUUUACCUAUAGAAGUUUAAAAUUUAAUAUUUUAAAUGCUAUAAAAAGAUCCUUUAUCAAGAAUUAAGAGUAAUGAAGCAUUACUACAUCCUUAUUUAUAAAGUGCUCUAUUGAUAGAUGAUGAUGAAGCUCAUAUUUCUACAGAUGAUGAUCCAAAUCUUAUGGAAAGAAUUAAAAUACUUAAUAAAUAGUUAUAAAUUAUUUUAUAUUCAUUUAGAACUGAAAAAGUUGAUUUCACAAGAAUUAAAAGAUAAAACAGUUAGAAUUUUAAAGAAUUACCAUUAUAAGCUACUUAAGAAUUAAAAUAAAACUAAAAUUCUGAUGAUGAACUUAAAAUAAUUAUGAGAACACCAGUUAUUACAGGUAGAAUCAAUUCUGUUGAGAGUAUUAUUAUUUUUUUAUUUAGAUUCUCCUAUCUUAAAUUCUCUUUCACCCUUUUAAAGUAUUGGUGGUUAUGAUGAAAUAGCUCAUGAUUAGGUUGUUUUAUAAAGAUUUUCAGGAAAAACACUAAAUAUAUGA